AUGACCAGUCAGAAUUCAGAGGUCGGAGAGGCUGAAGGUGACCCGCGGGGGGACGUGGUCCAGCGCCCGGAGGUUGUCCGGACCGCUCACUGUGCUGGCGGCAGCAUCACCACUAGGUGGCGGCAGAGUGCAGCAAGCCGUGCCGCUCGCUCAGAAUCCGCCUCCACCCGUCCUUCCAGCUCCGAGACCUCCGGCUGGGUGUUCAGCCACCUGUGCCUCCUCUUCGAGGAACCCGAGGACCCCAGCAACCGCUCCUUCUUCUCAGAAAUCAUCUCCUCUGUGUCCGACGUGAAGUUCAGCCACAGCGGCCGGUACAUGCUCACCCGGGACUAUCUCACGGUCAAGGUCUGGGACCUGAACAUGGAGGCGAGGCCCAUCGAGACCUACCAGGGUGGUCCCACAAAGGCAGGGCCUCAGAAGCCACCAGGACAGGGGCCCGGGUCCUGGCGGGCUCUCAGCCGGCCUAAUGCCAGCACCUUCUUCUGGGAGGCCAGCUCCCGUCCGGGUGUGGUGGCCACGCCCUCCUCCAGCCUGGUCUCCGUGCAGAGCCCCAGCGUCAUCAUGACCGGGGCCUACAACAACUUCUUCCGCAUGUUCGACCGCAACACCAAGCGGGACGUGACCCUGGAGGCCUCGCGGGAGAGCAGCAAGCCCCGGGCCGUGCUCAAGCCGCGGCGCGUGUGCGUGGGCGGCAAGCGGCGGCGGGACGACAUCAGCGUGGACAGCCUGGACUUCACCCGGAAGAUCCUGCACACGGCCUGGCACCCCGCUGAGAACAUCAUCGCCAUCGCGGCCACCAACAACCUGUACAUCUUCCAGGACAAGGUGAACUCCGAGAUGCACUAGGUGUGCGGCCCGCCCGCCGGCCUUCCCAGGUCCCUGCACAGAGGUCCCCGCACGGCGGUCCCCACCCGCAGCCGCAGCACAGGCAGUGCAUUGU